GCCGCCUCUUUUCUGUGACGGCUCGGUAGCCGGCGGAGCGAAGGAGGUUGAGGUAGCAACUUGGAAUCAGCUGAAGCAGCCUCGCCGGGGGGCUGCCUUGGCGCGGAAGAAGAGCUGACGCUGCAAACCCCUGCGCAGGUGCCCGCGGCGCUCCAAGGAGGAACUGGGUGUGUGGGACACCUGAGGGUCAUUCUCCCCAGCUUCCUCUGGGGCUCGGUUCAGGUCCUGCCUGUUCGCCGGCUGCUUGCUCAAGGGAGGCGAAGCGACUGCCCAGGUCAGUUCCUACUUCCUCGCGAGGGCUGUUUGUUUGCAAGAAGGCUGCACGCACCCCCCUGGGUUUGAAGCACAUCUCCCCCCCGUGCCAGAUUUACGUAUAAGCUAAACAAGCUAUAGCUUAGGGCCCCACUCUCUUGGGGCCCCACUAAAAAUUUUCCACUAUUAAUAUACUUCUUCUUAAUUGUAUUUCAGUUCAACAGUUAGUUUGAUAAAAUGCAUAUUUUGUUAUGUGCAAAUGGCUUCAGAUACCUAUUAGGUCCAUAACUUGCCAUAUAGCAUAUAUUCAACACAAAAAACAGGGACAAUUUGUUGUUGACAAAGGACAGCUGGACAUAUAAAGGGCUCCAUUACCUUCAGUAGCUUAGGGCCUCAUCAAACCUAAAGCCGGCCCUGACGCCGCCGCCCCCCAAAUUCUGGGAACUUUAGUUUUCCUAGCCCAGAGCUACAGUCCCCAGCACCCUUUAGAAACUACAGUUCUCAGGAUUUGUGUGUGGUUUAAAUGGGUGCUGUGCGUGCAAGUAUCCCCAUUAGCUGUUAUCAUUUCACUCCUCAUCGACAAUCAUUUACUUCCAGAGUUUGCUGAAACUGCGCAACUGCUAUCUAGUUACAGAGGUCAGCCUUCACAGUUGCCCAGUUUCUCCAAUGCCAGCUGCCUCUGUGACUCUCCCAAAUAAAAACCAGAGUUUAUUGGAAGUAGAUCUCAUCGGUUUCCAACAAAAUUGGCAUGUAGAAGACGGGACUGUUCAGUUGUCGUGUUUUUCUCAGGCAUGCUGAGCCUUGGGUUCCCUCUGACUUUUCAAUUAUAUAUUAGUUUUGUAGCAGACUGCAUCCCAAAGGCUCAGGGCAGAGAAUGCAGGUAUUAAAAGACAAUAGAAAUGCGAGCCACACUUCUGAGCAAAAUCAAGUGCACUUAAUCAUGUUGCCUGGUGCUCACCAAUUAUACUAUUGAUUUUCUUGUCUAUUUGCUAGCUGAACUCUGAAAGCCAACCGGAAUGGCACAUGUCUUUAAUAUGGAACUAAAAUAAUUGCUAGCUUGGGAGUGGAUCAGGAGUGAUGAUGAAACUGAUGAGGAUGAUGCAAAACAAAUACUAAAGAUAUGCUGAGUUUUUGCUUGGUAGUACCAUGCAACAAUAAGGGCAAAGUUCAAAUAGAUUGUUCUUCAAAACCCGGAUUGGUUUCGAACAAUACAAACAUUGCUUAGAAUGCAAAACAGCCCCAUUAUGCAAUUGUCAUAUGAAGCUGUCCCACAUUUAUUUCUAUGCAAGCAUGUUCUGGGUUGUGACCUAAGUGCCUCUUAACCAAGAAUCCCUGUAUAACUGGUUUGUAAAUGAAGCUGUCAUAUCUCUAUAGCCUACAUUGCAGUAGCCAGGAAUUUCACAUGCAACGUUGUAAACCCAGUUUUCUUAUGGCUUUUAUAUCAUUUCAGAAGAGAAAAAUCAUGCCUUAUUCCGAAAGCAAAAAAAUAUUAUUUGGCCUAAUGGCAGGGGCUGCUGGAAUAACCUUGGGCCUCAUUUGGUAUCGAAAGACACAGAAAUGCAGUAAAGUCAUGUACUUGCCUCCCUUUUUGAAUUCAGAGGGCAGUUUUGACUUGGUAAAUUUUCCACAUGAAACUCAUAAUGAACAAGGAACUGUGAUGCUAUUGCAAGGAAGGCAGCUUCAGGUACUGGAAAAAAUGAAUGGUUUAAUAGCAACUGUGGAAGAACUUAAGAGAGAAGUAACAUUUCUGAGAGAAGCAAUUCCAAAGUUGGAAGAACUUGUCCGGGAUGAACUCCAGGGGAGAACAGAUUCUCGCAGGAGCAGCCCUUUGCACAGAGGAACAAAGAAGAGGAAGACUGAGAUUGGCAAAGGUGUGUCAGAUACCAACAGUUCUGAAGAAGCAGAAAGUGAAGGCGGGUAGGUAUUUAUGAAUUAUUUCAGGUCUAUCCCAAUAUAUAUAUAUAUAUAUAUAUAUAUAUAUAUAUAUAUCACUAUUUUGAGUGUAAGUAAUUUGCAAAUCCACUCUCUAGAUCAUGGCUUGUUAGCUUUACCUGUAGUUAUCCAAACAGCAGCUCCUGGUUCAGUUAUAAUGGCAAUUUGCCAUUGGAAACAGAAACAAAUGUUUCUGAUCUCUGUGGCAUUGCUGAAGGAAAAUGGGAGUGGGGUACGAGUCUGAGGCUCAGUCGUUUCAGGUGAAGCUGUGGUGGGAAGUGUUUGGUUUUAAACCUGAGCUAGCUGCCCACCCCAAGGCAGGGGGGAAGCAAUAUUGGAAAUCAGUGGCAGGUAAGCUGCAUUCUCAACAUUUUAUUAGUACUAUUAUUAUUUAUUACAUUUGUUAGUUGCUUUAUCUUGCCCAAGGCAACUCAGAGCAACCAAGAAAUCCAGCCAGUUUGCAUUGCAUGAAGUAGCCCAAAACCUUUCAAAUAUCAGUAUAUUUUAGGAAAGCCUAUGGCAAAGGGAUGUAUUGCCUUUGCUCUUGCAAACUCGCCCUCAGUUUGGCUUUUGUAUGAUUGUUUUCAAAUAUUACGCACUAGUUGCGCUCCUUGGUUUGCUUCAACUCCAGAAACCUUUAGCAUUGCAGCUGAGUAGAACUUGCACUUCUUGGUCUCCUCCCAUCUUAAGAGCUGUUAACAAUGGAAAAUACAAUUCCUUUGGUGAAACAUUAUCCCUUCUGCUUUUGUGUCGGCACUUCUGCCGAUAAUAUCUAAUACUGGAUCGCUCCUGUAUCACUUUCCAGUGCUGACGUUGCCUGGAAAUGGUUUAGUUAAUUCCAAUUCACUAUAAAAUUUAAAUCUACAGCAGUGUGCCUGUGCCAGAAAUUCCACUCAGAAAAAUAUCCACCAGACUGUCAUAUCUGGUGUUGUAGGUGCAUGUUGAUGUACUAUGUACUAUGUAUUAUGUAUUUAAUAGAAGGCAUAAGCUGUGCCUUCCCACCUUGUAAAACCAAGGCAGUUUCCAUUGAUCAGUACAACUUUAGUAAGAAGGGAAAAGGUAAUGAAACAUAGCAAAACAAACCCCAAAAAAUCAUAACAAAGCAGACCCACUUAAUAAUAACCUCUGGGAGAAGAGAUUGUGAAGUAGCUCUUAAUUUCAAUGGAACACAAAAAAGACAGCCUCAACUUAGAUAACAAAGUUUCUGUGCAUGCUUAUAAUUGUAUCAUAACCAAGCUAAUAAUGUAGUAUUUGCCUAGAUACAUUAUAUUGUUGUUUCUGUGCAAUUAUUUAUCAAAUAAGUGCUAAUAUUUGAGUAGCGAGAGUGGCUUGUGACAGCUCUAGAAACAUAUUUGCCAAGACUCCUUAUUCUGCCCUCUCUUUGCUGGAUUUGCUUCAGAGUAAGUGGAUUCAAUUUACUGUUUGUUUGUUUGUUUGUUUGUUUGUUUGUUUGUUUGCUUGCUUGCUCAUUUUUUUGUUCAUUCAUUCAUUCAUUCAUUCACCUGAUGGUCACAGGGUAGUUUUCAGUAAAAAAAUACAUAACAUAAUAACAAACCGAACAAUAUCCUCACACAAAAUUUAAAAGGCAAUUUUAAUUAAAUCAGAAAAUAGAUUAAAUUAAAUCACAAUUUAAUCAGCCAAAGGCCUAAAUAUAGAGAAAAGUUUUUGUUUGGCACCUAAAGGUAUGUAAUGAAGGUGGCAGGCGAGCCUCCCUGGGGAGAGCAUUCCACAAACAGGGAGCCACUACAGAAAAGGCCCAUCCUAGUAUUGCCGCCCUCUGGACCUUUUUUGAGGGGCCUCAGAUGAUAAAUUAUAUAUAUAUAUAUAUAUAUAUAUAUAUAUACACAAAACUAAUAAAAAUGUGUGUGUGUGUAUACACACACACACACACACACACACACACACACAUUUUUAUUAGUUUUGUAACAUAUCAUUUCCAAAAGUCAUAUAACGUAACUUCUUAUCUUAUGCAAUGUUUUAGACUUCCGUCAACACCUCUGAUGAUUUUUCGUUCUUUAUCACUUAUUCUGCAUUUCUUAUAUUUUCUAUUACUCUUUAUUGUCAUUAACAAAUAAUUCUCCUCAUAGUCUUUCUUGCAAUAUUUCUAAUAGUCCUCCUUACAAAACUUCUUGCACUCUUGACGUUCUCCUCCAAUGCAUCAUGUUUCAAUAGGACCGGUCUGAGAAUUGGCCACUAGAGGGCAAUCAUAUGAAGGUCACCGCUUUUAUCUUUGUGGGAGCAUUUUUUUGUACAGUACACAAUAUAUGGAUGAGUGACUGGUGGUGUCAGUUUUUAACUUGCAUUACACCAAACAAAUAUUGGAAUGAUCCAUACAGGUGACAACCUUUAAUGUUUUAUGUAUAAAUUACAGAAAAGAAAAGCAGGCAACUGAAAUGCUGAUUGUAAAAUGUUUUCCUUGCUCAAGUUGCUUGGUUAGUUUUUAAAUAUAUAUUUCAGUCUGUUGGUGUUCUAUGCGCUAAUUCUUCAGAGCACUGACUAGAAUUCACAGGCAGAGGGAGAAGGAAAUGGAGAACUCCCAGCUAACUUCAUUCAGUGGCUACAUUCCCCUACCGCCCCCCCCCAAACCCUUUCCCUUCCUUGUGGCUCUCUUGGGAUCCCCCAGAAGUGUGGAGAGCAUUGAGACCCUGCCAUACCUGCAUAGAUGAAAACCAGCCCAAAUUCAAGGUGCAGAGGUUUUGGUUUGCCUAGAAGUGUCCUCUUGACAUAUAUGACCUUCCUUUGUUUGUAAUCUAAGCUGGGAAGAUAAACUAUGAAUUACACUGUCUCCUCACUUUCCCACUCCCUGUCUUGACUUGAUUUUGUCUAGCAUUUGCAGAAGCUAAAAAGUGGUACUUAUGGCAUGCGGGGGGGGGGGGGAGCCCACUCAAAAUUGUUGCAAACUUAAUAAGAACUCCAAGAAUAAGUACUCGAUGCAUCAUAUGAAAACGUCUUGAUGCGUUAAUUUUUAUUUGUACAGCAAAUCUUGUAAUAUCCAUUACAAAUUUUUCAACCUUGUGAGAACAAGGCCUUGACAGAAUGUUUUUGUUUUUUAAGCCUGGAACUGUUUUCGUUGGCAGGAAAGCGAUAACUUUCCUCAUCUCAAGGUCUUGGUGAGCAACAUUGAUCGCUAUGCCUAUAACCCUGGAAGGGUAUUUGAUGUGGUGCCGAAAUGCUGCUAGCAGCAAAGUAGAUGGUAUCAUGAAGGAACCUGUAAUCCCACAUAGUAAAUUUUUAUCUUUGCUAUUGCUCAGGGUCUUAAAACACUUUCAGUUGGUAGCUUUCAACAAGUGAAAUCUCUUUUGCUCUCUAAUUUAAAGCAUAAAUAUUGCACCAGAAACAAAAGGAGUGGGUAGUAUGCUUUGAAAAAUGCUUGUCGUUAACAUUUCACUGCAUUCAGACUUAAGUUUCACUGAAUUGGGUCAGUGUCCAAAGUAGUAUGCUGUUUUGGCAUCGGGAAAAUGCUGCUUUAAAAACCCAGUGGGUGCAUAGAAGGUAACAAUGAAAAAUUUUGUUUUUAAUAGUGGUAUACAGUAGAAACGGGACACGGGGGGGGGCACUGUGGGUUAAACCACAGAGCCUAGGACUUGCCGAUCAGAAGGUCGGCGGUUCGAAUCCCCGCAACAGGGUGAGCUCCCGUUGCUCGGUCCCUGCUCCUGCCAACCUAGCAGUUCAAAAGCACGUCAAAGUGUAAGUAGAUAAAUAGGUACCGCUCCGGCGGGAAGGUAAAUGGCGUUUCCGUGUGCUGCUCUGGUUCGCCAGAAGCGGUUUAUUCAUGCUGGCCACAUGACCCGGAAGCUGUACGCCGGCCAAUAAAGCGAGAUGAGCACUGCAACCCCAGAGUCAGCCACGACUGGACCUAAUGGUCAGGGGUCCCUUUACCUUUUUAUGCAGUAGAAGUGGACACUUUAGCAGAAGAAUACAUUUUAGCAGAUUUCACUUAAACAUGCAGUGCCUCAGAACCCAACCCCUGUGUAAAUGGGGAGUUGCCUGUAUUCUGCAAAAGCACAAUUGAUAUUACAAAGUAUGGCUUCUUCUCUCUCUCUCUCUUUCUGUAAUUUCCAUUAACUGAGCAACUUUCUUAAGAUGGCAUAACUGGUAAAAUUGUUAAAGUUGCUAAGACUGCUGGCUUUUGUCGCCUUUAGGAGAAGUUAAGCUAUUCCCACCCACAAAACCCUUUGUGUUUUAGCUACAUUACAGCUCAUACUGACACUGAAGGUGAAUCUGAGGAAGAAAAAGGAUGGAUCAGUUCUUCCACAUCUCCUCUGGCACCUGAAGAGAAGAUAGAAUUAUUUAAUCUUCUACAGAAUGCGGACAGGUUGCAUUAUGGUUCAGACAAUGAGAAAAGGGAGAGCUUCAAACUGCUGCUUGAAAAUGAGGAAAAGGUAUAAAGGGUCCAUGCCAUGCAAACAUUUCAUACUAAAAGCUAUAAUUCAGUGCGCUAUAUGUCAUUCUCUUGAAUGUUUAUGUAAUGUUAAAAUUAAAGGAGGUAUUGCAGAAGGUGCCACAGGGUAUGAUUACAACUCAGUCCUUGCUCUGAUAGAAGAAUUAGAUUUUCUCAGCCACAAAAUGUUGUGGCUGGAACACUAAACAAAUGUGACAUUCCUGCAGCAUAAUCUCUACUUCAGCAGAAGGCGCCUGGAUUCUGCACAACAAACUAGCAACAACUCUCCACUUUGUUGGAGGGUAACUGGAAAAAAUUAUUGAUUUGCAGUGGCUGUUUAUUUCAAAGCCCUAUUUGUUGUUCCUCAGAAGUAUCUGGAAAGACCAACAAAAGAAAUCAGUGGCUGAAUAGAAUGAAUCAGAAUACAAUAAGCUUGAAUAUGUGCAGAAUAAAAAGUGAGGGCUAGCAUAACAAGCAUUUUAAUUAUGGCAAAAGAAAUAUGUGGUGAAGGCAAUCUAAUGUAUUCAAAUUCUGUUUAUCUGUUUAUCAAAUUCUGUUUAUUUGCAGUAUAGAAAUCAUACUGGCUUUCUUUGGAGGCUUGCCCGAGCUUAUGGAGACAUGUUUGCAAUAACCACAGAGGCUGAAGAAAAAAAGGACUAUGCAUCCAAAGGUCAGCUGAGUUAUGUACUGAGUUUAUAAUACCAGAGGAUUAGGUUCCCCUGCUCCAGCCCUGUGUUUCACUUGGGGGAUACUGGAGCCAGCAGAAGGGCUGAGCACCAAUCCUUUUAAAAAACUAUCAUGAUAGGAGUUUUCUCUUCAUACCUGGGUUGUUUUUCAGUUACUAGACACAGUUCUAGACAUGGUUACCCAUGUCCCACUAAAAUAACUGAGACUUGUUUCAGGGCAAACAUGGUUAGGAUUAGUGAUAAUCGUUUUAAGCCAGUUAACCUUUGAACUGGCUUUAUAAAGUUCAACAUUGUCCAUUAAUUAUUAUUAUUUUAUUAAAUUUAUAUACCGCCCCUCAUCCAAAGAUCACAGGGUGGCUCACAAACUAUAACUAACUAUGGUGGAACCAUGGAAGCCGAACGCCUGUAAACUCGAACGUUUCGACUCCCGAACGAUUGAAAACUGGAAGUGAUUGUUCCGAUUUUCGAAUGAUUUUCAGAAGCCGAAUGUCUGGCACGGCUUCCGCAGCUUCCGAUUCUGCAGCCAAUCGGAAGCUGCGCCUUGGAAGUCAAAUGUUUUGGAAGUCAAACGGACUUCCAGAACAGAUUCCGUUCGACUUUGAAGGUACAUCUGUAUUGUUAUCUUUAUAUUGCAUAGCAUGUUCGUCAGCUAAUAUGGUCAGGUUUAUUGUUAUAUCACGAAUAGUACUUUUAUGUUCUGUGAUGCAUCUUUUGCAGGAAAGCUUGUGAGUGAAAAUGCUGUAAACCUGGAUCCAUCAAGUGCUGAGAGUCACCAGUGGUAAGUCUGAAGGACUUGGAUCCAUCGAAUCAAAUCUUUAUUGUUACAGCCAAUGACCAGGAUUAAGAAAGCAAGAAAUAAAUAAACACGAACCAUGUAGAACACAUUAUCCAAAUGUGUAUAAUAGGGUAAAAUAAAAUCAAUAGAAAGUAACAUAAAAUAAACUAAAAUAGGCCACACUGAAAGCAAUACAGUGGAACCUCUACUUAUGAUCAUAAUCCAUUCCGGAGGCCCGUCCGCUGGGCAAAACCAGAUGCUAGUAGAGGCGCCAUUGUGCGCAUGCGCAUUCGGCGACAGCGCGUUUCUGCGCAUGCGUAGACAGUGGCAGCCACUUGUGCGCACGUGCAGAUGGCAGAAGCUGCUUCUGCGCAUGUGCAAAUUGUGGCAAGCCUGGUGUAUACUUCCGGGUUUGCCGUGGUUGCAACUUGGAACGUCCGCGAGAAGAGGCGGAUGUAAGUCGAGGUUCCACUGUAGAUGCAUUUUGAUCUGAAAGGAGUUAAAAGGACGUAAAAUGCAUCUGAUCAUUCUGGAAAUUAAUAAAAAGGGGUUCAAUAGAUUUGAUCUUUCCAGAGUUAUAGGGGCACUUGCAUUCAGACUCUCUUCCCAUUUAAGCAUAUCUCCCCCAAAGACAGCAUCUUAAAAAGCAGAGACAUCACCUUGCCAACAAAGGUCCGUAUAGUUAAAGCUAUGGUUUUCCCAGUAGUGAUGUAUGGAAGUGAGAGCUGGACCAUAAAGAAGGCUGAUCGCCGAAGAAUGGAUGCUUUUGAAUUAUGGUGCUGGAGGAGACUCUUGAGAGUCCCAUGGACUGCAAGAAGAUCAAACCUCUCCAUUCUUAAGGAAAUCAGCCCUGAGUGCUCACUGGAAGGACAGAUUGUGAAGCUGAGGCUCCAAUACUUUGGCCACCUCAUGAGAAGAGAAGACUCCCUGGAAAAGACCCUGAUGUUGGGAAAGAUUGAGGGCACAAGGAGAAGGGGAUGACAGAGGACGAGAUGGUUGGACAGUGUUCUCAAAGCUACCAGCAUGAGUUUGACCAAACUGCGGGAGGCAGUGGAAGACAGGAGUGCCUGGCGUGCUCUGGUCCAUGGGGUCACGAAGAGUCGGACUAAACAACAACAACCCCCCAAAUUGCUGAGGGAAACACAUAUUUAGGCUUACCAUUGUGAAGGCUCUGCAAUACUUUUGGACCAAGAGACUUGAAUUCAUAUUGAUUGGAGCAAAUUUCACUCUAUCCUAAAGCGAAAGUGUGGGGAAGGACCUUAGUCCCAUGGAGAACACAUGUGGGACAUAACAGAAGGUCCCAGGUUCGAUCUCUGGCCUCUCCAGGUAAGACUGGAGAAGAUUCCUGUCUGAAAUGAUGGAGGCCCACUGCCAGUCAUUGCUAAGCUGGAUGGACCAGUGCUCUGACUCUAUGAGGCAGUUUCCUAUAUUCCAUCUCACUGCAUUUUGUACAUGCAGAGAAUGUGUAUACACACACAUGUGUGGUAGGAGGUCUCAGCCACUCACAUCUUCCCAAUAUAUACAGUAAAAUAUGUGCAGUUAUAACACGUGGGAUCCACAUGUGUUGUGAAUGUUCUUACCUACAUGGAACUGAAAUGCUGCCUGUGUUAUACAGCCUGUAUAGCGAACUCCUUGUGUUUUCAUCUAAACACAGAGAAGAGAAGGUGGAAGGACAAACAAUGUUUCGAACCUCUGUAAGAUCAGGGUCAGCCCACAAUGUUUUGGCACCUGAGAAGGGAAAUCUAAAUGACAUAUUGUAGUUAAAACACAGCCCAAAAUCAAUGGUACCCCAAAUCUAAUGCUUCACUUUGCCUCCUGCUAGAGUCAGCCCUGUUUCAAAGUAACGGAAACCUGACCAGUGGCUUCUGAGUUACUCGCAGAUCCCUAGCUGGACCAUUAGGUGGCACUAAUGGCCCUUCUUGCUCCCUGGCUUCCUCCUAUUUCAGAGCCAAGUUGUUUUUAUUGUGAUUUCACAGUCCACCAAGGUUGCCCGUGCUGCUGACAGCUACGUGACUUAAGUGAGCAAGAAGUCUUCCUGUUCAUGAGGUUGCAGCCCAAAUGCCUCUUGAUGGCAUCCAUACAUCUCCACCCUUCCCUUUAAUUUUGUGUCUGGCGCUGCCAUCUUUUGUAUCUUCCCAUGCUGGUAGAAGUCUAGGAAUAUACUUGAGAAAUAAAACUUACAUGGACGACUCAGUUUCCUUCAGAAUUAUUGUCACGUUUGACAUUUUCCCAUUCACUUUUUCCUAACUGUAUUAUUAUCCUUCACCAGCAUAAUUCUAGGCAUGUCUAUUCAGAAGUAAGUCCUAUUGAGUUCAGUGGGAUUUACUCCCCACAAGUGUGUGUGUAGAAUUACAGCCAGUUUCUUUUCUAACUUCUCUGAAUUAUUACCUUCAACCAGUUUCUAGCCUCCCUCCUUUGUGGCUUUAUUGGAUAGCCUUCUUUAAACUCCAGUUAAUUUCCUCUAUUUACGCAUGCUUUUUCAAACUUUAUUUUUGAACCGUGCUAUGUAUCAGGGACCUAAGAUCGGUUUUUAAAAACCACUAGCAACCUUCACAGUGAUGUAUUUCUGAUCUUCAUGAGAUGUUCUCCCUGCAAGUUCUGUGUCUUUUGCAUCAUUUUUUUCAUAGCUUUGGUUGGAAAAGUACACAGAUGAGUACUCUCUAUCCAGUAUUACUUAAGUAGACUGGGCUAAUGCACUUUGCAGCACAAUCCUAUGCAUGUUUACACAGUCCCACUGUGUGCAAUAGAGCUUACAUCCUGGCCAGUAUUUAUAGGAUUGCAGUCCUAGAGUUUAUUUCACAGAAUGUAGCUGUAAUUGAUCAUGUUAAAUCUUCAUUUUACGAACAUGUUUUGCUUACCAGAAGUUGAUUUCGAGUUUUGCAAACAAAUUUGUUUUUAUUUUUUUUGCAUGGAGAUAGUGCAGAAGUUACUAAUCUAUUGCACUUGACUUAAUGACUUUCCUCUAUUGAAGACCUCAACUGCUGGAAAACCAUUCUCUGCCAGCUCUUAGAUUUCUUCCUUGAAAGGAUGGGACUAGCUUGUAAGUGCCCGUUUUGCAGUUGCGAGUCAUGAAAGCCCUCUGGUCUGAAAGCACCCUAGUGCUGCUAAUCAUUGCUCCUUAGCUGUAAGCUAAUUGCAAUUGACUACCUACAUUUCAGGGAUGUGCAAUGCUUUUUGGUAUGCUCAGUUCACUAUGUUCUGUCUGCAUUGUGAGUGUGGCAUAGCCAUGUGGGCAGAGUUCCCCUUUCUGCACUUUAUUGGUAGUGACACAUACACCCUUCUAUGUACACUACAGUGCUGCAUAGUUUGUGCUCCUCAAUGCCAUUUUAGCACCCUGUGUUGUGUAUGUGCCUGUGUGUGGUUUUUACAGUUUUUGAAGUAGCGCAAUUGCAAAAUAAAAAUAAUUUGCUUUCAAUUGUUUGCCGCACAGCACCAGAUUGCAGCUGAGCUUUUAUUUGAGUAAACAUGAUUACAGAUCAGUCUGAAGGUCCCUUGGAUUUCACCUUAAAAGGCUCGAUCUCUGCUGUAGCCAGUUUCACUGGACCUAAUCAGGUUUCACAACCUGGUUAGAAAACUUGCCAGCUUGAUUUCUCCCUGCUUGUUAGUUGCACCAUUCUACUAUAGUUCAAUUGCAUUUUAAAAAAUUAAUUAGUUAUUGCUUGCAGCAAGUUUAGAGGGUUACAGUCAGAACCUACACAUCCUGUGCUUGGAAGUAAGUCAUGCUCUUCUUAAUGUAAUCUAUGAAUCUAAUUACUAACUGAAGCAAUUCAUUAAGGCUAUGAACCAGUAGAUCAGGGGUCAGAACUUGAUAGUGCAGAGCUUUUGCCCUCUAUCUGGCCACAUCAAAUUGUUGUGAAGUGUUGUCAGAUAGUGGGUGGAAGGUGAGGGGAGCGUCAAUAUUGAAAGAAUUAUAGCAGUUGUCAGUCACAGGCUAAACCAACACAGGUGCUGGUUUUAGUGUUUAAAAUCCUAUACAGCUUGGGACCAAGAUACCUGAGGUUGGAUAAUCUCACCCCUGGUAUACAUAAAUUGAUCACUAUGCUCUGCAGGUGAGAUUUUCCUGUACUAAUAGUAGUAGUAGUAGUAGUAGUGGUAAUAAUAAUAAUAAUAAUAAUAAUAAUAAUAAUUUAUAGCCCACCCAUCUGACUGGGUUUCCCCAGCCACUCUGGGCGACUUCCUGCAGAAUAUUAAAAACACAAUAAAACAUCAAACAUUAAAAACUUCUCUAAACAGGGCUGCCUUCCAAUGUCUUCUAAAAGUCAGAUAGUUGUUUAUUUCCUUGACAUAUGAUGGAAUGGCAUUCCACAGGGCAGGCACCACUACUGAGAAGGCCCUCUGCCUGGUUCCCUGUAAUCUCACCGUGAGGGAACCGCCAGAAGGUCCUCAGUGCUGGACCUCAGUGUCCGGGCUGAACGAUGGGGGUGGAGAUGCUCCUUCAGGUAUACUGGGCCAAAGCCCUUUAGUAUCCUGUAGAUACUAUCUUAUCAGGAGAUAAUUUCUGCACAAUGUAAUAGUCGGGCCUUUAGUGUUGUGGCACCUACCCUUACCCUUCGGAAUUUCAUUGCCUUGCAAAAUAGAAAGACCCUGUCUCUGUUGUUUCUUUCAGUGCCUCUUCCAGCAAGUUGCCUGAGCUGAGAUCUUUUUCGCUCUGCAUCUGUGUUGCAAUUUUUAAAAAGAGGUUUUUAACAUGUUUUGUUGCUUACUGUUUUGCAGCCCUGGGCUCCUUUAGAAAGAAGGGUGCUUUAAAAAUUCAAUAAACAAAUAAAAAUUAGGUCUCAUCUAGAGACAUGCAUGUGACAUUACUUCUAGCAUUAAUGCUCAGAAGGGCCCUUUGCUACAGCCAUGUCGUUUUCUCUCUGUGUGUGUGUGUUUUUAGGGUAAAAUUUCUUUUUUAAGUAAUUAAAGUUUGUGCCCCUGAAGAAAAUCAAAACUCAUGUAGCUCUUUAAAUGAAAAAUUAAGUGAGAAAUGCCAGUAAUGCUACCAUAUUCUCUUCCAGUAAUGUUCCAUUUUUAAGCACAAAUCUUUUCUUCUGUUUCUUUGCUCUUCUUUUUCCCAAACUCUCUUGGCUCCUUUCCCUGAGCCUCCACCUCUCCUACCUGCUCCCCUGGCUAAUUUCUUUCCCUGAAAUGGAAAUGUAGUUUGUUUCUGUACUUACCUUCUUCCGUGCUGCCACAUAUACAGUGGUACCUCGGGUUACAGACACUUCAGGUUACAUACGCUUCAGGUUACAGACUCCGCUAAUCCAGAAAUAGUACCUCGGGUUAAGAACUUUGCUUCAGGAUGAGAACAGAAAUUGUGCUCCAACGGUGUGGCAGCAGCAGGAGGCCCCAUUAGCUAAAGUGGUGCUUCAGGUUAAGAACAGUUUCAGGUUAAGAAUGGACCUCCGGAACGAAUUAAGUUCUUAACCCGAGGUACCACUGUAUCUUUGAACUUGCUUUUUAUUUACAAGGGGGUGUGUGAAUGUGCAGCAAAUGUAUACCUCCCCUUCAAAGGCUCCCUCCCCCCUAUAUUAUUGGGGGCAGAUACGAUUGCAACUAGCAUGACUUUUGCACUAAGAAAAAUAAGCAGCUUGUUAUUUGUCUAGAAAGGCCUUUACAUGUAAAAGUAUCACCCUUAACUAGUUUAACCCAGCACCUUUCUUCCCUUGUCACGCACAGACUUGGAGAUACUGUGAAAACCUGGGAUUAUCUUGUUUGCAUUUCAUUGUUUUCUUUUCUAGCUGCAAUCCGUUUAGCUAUGGUAUGCUGAGUUUAUCUGAUUAGCACCUAAUGAGCCAAAGGGUUUUGGAGAGAAAAUGUUGCCUGCAUUUCUGCAAAUUAUGGGAAUUUAAGUUUGUAGUACCCUUUUCUCAUCCAAAUAGUUGAAAUUCCUUUAUCUUUCCUGCUUAGGGCUGCCAACACUCUUGAUUAUUGUUAUUUGAAAGGCCAGUUUUGAAAGAUCUUCCAUAGCAUUGUAAAUCAUCUCUUUUGGGAUACCCUGAAUUUGUUCUAUAAGGAAAAUACAGAGUAGUUGAAAUCUAUGUUGCUCUGUCCAUGCACUGCUCUAUCCAUACUGAUGAGAAAGAUGUUGUCCUCCCUCUUGUUGCAGCUGUCAUAAGCCACUUGUGGUAUGAACCUUGAAUAGUGUAUAAAAGCAGCUGGAGUCAAAACUGAUUCAAAGCCAUCAGGGUCAGGACUGACAAUAUAAGGAUGAACAAUUUAUACCCCACACUUCUAGUUAUUUUGUCUUGGCAUAUGGGAUCUACACAUUUACUCACAAGUUAUUGAUUAAUCAACUAAGGCUAUGGUCCAAAGGACACUCAAGCAGUAAGUCCUAUUGAACUUAAUGGGACUGACUUCUGACUAGUCCACAUCCUUCAGAUUGCAGUGCACAUGAACAAAGCUAUUGUUUUGAACAAGAAAGAAACCCUUCUUUGUUUUUAGAUUAUGCCCUUACAAGUCACGGCAGUCUCUGUGAGAGAGAGGAGAAAGAACGCCUCUUCUAAAAUGAAACACCACUCCUGUAUUACUUUAAAAUUCUUUAGUACUUUUUGCCCAUCAAAACGCUUAAAUGAAAUAAUAGACUAAACAUUACAGCUUUGCUUAAAAGAUUUGGACGGGCUUUAGUCAGUUUUGACUACAAGCUGCAUUUAAACUGGUUUUGCCUCUGUGUUUUUCCUUGCAUGAGGAUCUUAGCCAGGCUGGCAUUAUUGUGAUUAAAAUGAUCAUCAAUGUUUUGAUAUUUCUCUCUCUUUCCUUGCUGCUUCCUGUUCAGGUUUGCAAUGAUGUGUGGCUACAUGUCUCAGUUUGAAAGUGUGCAGAACAAAAUCAGGAAUGGCUAUCUCUUUAAGGUAUGUUUUUGGUAGCUUUGUUAAGCUGCUGCUAUUAUUAAAUUACUUCCUCCUGACAGCUUUGAAGACAGUGUUUAGAGUAAAAGUAACUGCCUGGGGGACAUGCUUCAGUGCCAGGAUUAUGCUGAGGAGAUGAGAUUAUUUUUGUAUGCUCCUACCAGACAUAAUGAAGUAGCUUUCAAACUGAAGAAGAUUUAAGUAUGACUUUGUGAACCAGCCGUUCAAUUUUUGUACUGCUCCCAAGUCUGAAUUUCCAAAGAACAGCAUGAGACGGGGAAAGAAGUGCAUAAUUAUGUGUUUGUAUUAAAAAACAACAACCCUCAUUUACUCUUGGUUUACAUUAACACUCUGAGGUCUGCUUGUGUCUGUUGAUUCACUGCUGAUGGAGUUUAAAUGCAGGGCUGCUACUGAUUUUAAUUAAAGCAGUAUUUCACCCUUACUUGGUUAUUGAUAAGGCAUUACUUGUUGUAUUCUAAACUUUAGAGUUAAUAGGCCAUGUGUGUUGGAUAAUGCUUGUUUGAGGCUUCUUCUUGAUACAAAGAUGACUUUGGACAACUAUAUUUACAGAGUGCCAGGACAAAAGGGAAAUGGUUUGCUUUGUGAACUUGAGCCUAUAGCCAGGCAAAGGAAAGUUCAUUUUGGUCUUCUUUCUUACAGGAGCAUCUAGACAAAGCUAUUGAGCUUAAGCCACAAGACCCUUUUUUAUAUUAUCUAACUGGAAGAUGGUGCUAUGAAGUAAGUGAUCCUCAAGUCCUUUUACUAAGCAGAAGCCCUGUGAAGCUUAUUUAAAAUUGCACCACUGAACAAUUUUACUUCUGUUUUCGGAGAGGAGUUGAGUGUGUGAAGCUUUCUAUUAGAGAGCCAUGCCACCUAGCCUAGUACGUUCUCCCCUGAGUGGCAGCCGAAUCCAGACUCUUCUGCAUGCAAAGUUCUGCCACUGAGCUCUGAGUCUAUCCUAAUGAAGUUUGUAAAGUGUGCCUGUGGUAGGUGAUCUGUUUUAUUUUAUUUAGAGGAUUGAUCAUUUGCUUUUCAAUUCAAAAUUCUCAAAGGGACAAAAUUGAAUACAAUAUAAAAACAGCAGAAUCCAAGCAACCAAGAAAAUACAAGGGGGCAAGUUGCAACUGCUAGAACAAAACAAAACAAAACAAAAUACAAAGCAGUAGGUGCUAAACAUGCACUUGAAGAAGAGGAAGAGGAAGAAGAGUUUGGAUUUGAUAUCCCACUUUAUCACUACCCGAAGGAGUCUCAAAGUGGCUAAUAUUCUCCUUUCCCUUCCUCCCCCACAACAAACACUCUGUGAGGUAAGUGGGGCUGAGAAACUUCAAAGAAGUGUGACCAGCCCAAGGUCACCCAGCAGCUGCAUGUGGAGGAGAGGAGGCGCGAACCCGGUUCCCCAGAUUACGAGUCUCUCGUUCUUAAGCACUACACCACACUGGCUCUCUAUAGGCAAUAACUUGGAUCUGGAAGAAGAAGCUUGGUUCCAAAGCUUAAGGGCAGGAUGCAUGAUGAGGCUGAGAAAUAUGGGACCAAGACCCCACCGUCCUCCUUGCCCUGGGAAGAUGUCUGUCUCCCUCUGACGAACGUAGAUGAGCCCUAGCUCACCUCUCCACUUGAAGUUUCAGAGUACUGUGUUUCUAAGCUGCUUUGAGUGCCUUCAAAACCCAGAGCAGCUACUGGGAAGAUCAUUGCACCUUCCCCAGCUCCAAACUAGACUGCAGGGCUGAGGUUUAGACUUCUAAAAAGUAGCGGAACAAAAAAAAAAAGUAGCAGUAGUAUUCUUUUCUUCAUACCCAUAUUUAGUGUUUGGAUAUCUUUUCAAAAAGGAUGUAAGCUUUAAAUCUACCAAGCAUACUUCUUGGUACUUCUUGGACCUGAAAGCCAUUAGUAAAGACAUAAAGACAUAAAUAUGCCAGACUUUCCUGUUCUUUUCACAAAAGAGAACAUGCAAUUUAUGAGUAGCAUCUCUGUUUCAUGUUAUUUAACUUUACCUUGAACAUCACCCUACUUUGAGACUGAAAUGGUAUCCAAGAUAAGAGAACUUCAUAUCCGAGUUGGAAAGGAGCCAAAACACUGAAGAUAAUAAUCUUACUCUUAUCAAGUAAUCUAGACAGAAUAUCUCAAGAGAGAAAAUUAUAUGUGAAGCAAGGAAUUAGAUGAAAUCUGGGAUCAAUUAAAACUCAGGGAAGCAGAAUUCCAUACACUAUGUUAAUUGCAUAGGCAGACAAUUGAUUCAGAGCAGCUAUGGAAAAAACUGAUUCAGAGACACUAGUGUGGGCUGCAAUACAUUUGCUUUCAUUAGGUCACCAUGAUCACGGUGUUAGGUUUGGAUGGGGGCAAAUAACCGCUUUACAUAUAUAGAGUUUAUGGGAUGGCACUGGGCAAAUUGUCCCUUCGCUUAACCUACCUCUCAGAAGUAUGGUUAGGUUGCACUGAGCCUAAUGGGAGGGGGGAGAAUGUAAUAAGAAGGCAUUUUCCAGAAAGGGCCCAAGUUUGAAAAUUGUCUUGGCUACUUUGAGGCCAAGUACAAAAUUGUACUACUUGGGAAUUUGCAUGGGGUUUUUUUGGUUUCUGUAAACCCCACUGCCACAUCCACCUCUUUGUAGUAGUGGAAUAAUUUAAUGUGUACUUGCACAUCACUUGUUCCAUCACAGUUUUCACUGGCAUCCCCUCAAAGCUCCCUGGAUAACCUUGGGUCAGUCACAUUCUUUCUUAGCCAAGCUUCCUCCACAGAAGUCUUGUGAGGAUAAAAUGGGAUAAUCCUGCCCUGAGCUCCUUGGAGGAACUGCAGGAUACAAAUGUGACAAAGAAAUACAGUGGUACCUCAGGUUACAUACGCUUCAGGUUACAUACGCUUCAGGUUACAGACUCCGCUAACCCAGAAAUAGUGCUUCAGGUUAAGAACUUUGCUUCAGGAUGAGAACAGAAAUCGUGCUCCGGCAGCGCAGCAGCAGGAGGAGGCCCCAUUAGCUAAAAUGAUGCUUCAGGUUAAGAACAGUUUCAGGUUAAGUACGGACCUCCGGAACGAAUUAAGUACUUAACCUGAGGUACCACUGUAACAUGUACAGCUCUGAUAUAAAAAGAAGCAUUUUUUUUUUGGUGUACAAUGGCUUUUGUUCUAAAGAGCAAGAAAGGAUAUUUCUAGACUUUCUCUAUCUGGCAAUAUUGUAUUAAUAAUGAAAACCCCAAAAGGCCUGUUUUGAGAAAUCUCAUUUAUAAAGGAAUUAGAAAUUCUUCUGGACAUAUUUCCCUUUAACAGGGGCUAGAAUAGAAAGUCAAAGCCCUGUAUGCAAUUGACAUCAUACAUUUUUGGUGUUCUUUUAAUUUUGUUGGAGAUUAUAUAUAGAAAGGUACUAGAGGCAAGCCAAGCAGUUUCUUUUUUGGGUACGAAAGCUUGUUGAGCAGUGAAAACCAAACCCUAAGCCAGCCAGAAAUGAAACUGAAACCCUCAACGUCAGUUUUUAUUAAAUUUUGUAAGGAAACCUGUAUAUAGUGCCAGACACAUCUCAUUCUUCUAAGCUCAAGCCACAGGUUUUAAGAAGCUAAUUAUAAAUUCCACAAUGGAAAAAUUAGAAGUCCUAUGACAUCACAGCUGACCCUUGUGUGGGAUCCAUCAGUGUACAGUACUAUGAGUGUAUGUAUAUUGGAAUUUGGGUGGUCCACAUGAAUAUGAUAUAAGCAGUAUUUCCCCUCAUUUUAUUCUUCUGUCAAGCCAUAUAUGCUUCGUCUGGAUUAGCUGAAACUGAUGCUAAUGCACAAAUGUUCCUCCACUUCCAAGAGAAGAAAUGCUUGUCCACAACUGGCCUUACCAAAAACAACAACCCCAAACUGCUGGGAAGUUUAUUUUAAAGUUUGAAGUGUCCGUUUAUUUGGUGUGUUUUUUUUAAUAAAAAGAACAGUAACAUUUCCCUUAAGAAAGAAAGUAGGAAGAGGCUUUGAGGUUGAGGCAGGGAGGUCUAUGUGCUUGCUACUUCCUAUGUGAUGAUAGUUUUCAUCCUAGAAGUAUAUUUGCAAGUCAUUCCACUAACUAAUAAAAUAUGUUUACAUAACCUGUUUAUAGUUGUAGGGAACUGUAUUCUUUGUGGGUGGGAGGAAACCACUGACACAUGAAGAAUUUGAAUGACACAUCUACGGUGAAGUUUGAAUAUGUGUGUUUGUAUACACCCAAUAUAUCAUGUUGACCAAUGUGAAGUGAAUUCUAUUGUCUUCACUGGGACUUCUCCUUAAAUGUGGAUUCUUGGUGUGCCAUGGUAUUGUUUUAAAUUCCUGCCUCCCCUCCCCCUUUAGACCAGGAUACAGGAGUGUAUCCUGAGAUACAGAGGUGGCCAUCUUGCUUAUUUGUGAAAAUACUUUAUUUAUUUAUAUGCCACUGAAUGCCAAGAUAGCUUCUCAUUGGUUAGCAAAAUGUAGACACUAUCCAUCUGAACAGGUCUGCUAGUGCAAGAACUUUUAACUGUGCAACAGAAUCACCCUUUUUCCUUCCCACAUGUCUGCUUAUAAAUAUGCACCAGGGGCUGUUGGGGGAAUCCCUGGAACAGAUUCAGUGGGUGUUUGGAGAGAGGAGAGGAUGCAGAUGUUUCAUUGCACAACUAAAGGUCCUUGUGCUAGCAAUGCUGUUUAGUUGGAUAUCACCCAUAAAAACCAGUUGUACAACUGAGUAGAUCCAGUAUGGAGCUUUUUUUCCAGGGUUGGUUAAUUUGUUUUUCUUGAAGAUAGCUUAUUAUGGUAAUUGGCUUGCAAAACAACACUUUGUUUCAUUUCCUAAAAGCAUCUCUGAAACAACACUCUCUCCACCCCUUCUUCCUGCUGUUUCCAAAGGUGGCUCAGUUGUCUUGGAUUGAGAAAAAAGUAGCUGCUGCUCUUUUUGGGACUCCGCCAACUUCAACAAUUCAUGAAGCUUUGCAGAAUUUUCUUAAGGUAGAUACUGUUUCCCACUCCCUCAUUUCUCUGCAAAAGCCCACCUACCAAGUGGCUGGUGUUCAAGAAAUUUGCUCAACAAGUUGUUCUCAGCAGCUAUAAAUUCAAAGCUCUUCUAAAGGCCAAAGAUUUCUGAAAUGAUAUCUGUAGAGGAGUAACUGCACGCAUCUGCCUAAACUAAAUUUAAUUCAUCUGUUGUGUCAGCGUUUGUUGGGAUUUGGGCUGCUUAAAGUGUAAAACACCUUAAGGUUCAUAUGGAGAGCUGUUUAUGUGAAAGUUGCACCUGUUAGAGCUUUUGGCUUGUGAAUAGGAUCCUGACUGAAAGAAACCUGGCAUGAUGUAUUGUGCAAGUUGCAAGCUGUAAUUUGCAGGUUCUGCCCAGAACAGGUGGGCAGCACCAUCCACCCAGUGCCACGCUGGUCCUGCUUUUUGAGCUGCAAACUGCCUUGUGGCCCUCCACCUCAUUGAAACUGGGGCCAUUUUAAUUUAACUUAUUCACCUCCUCAAGUGCCCCCUCACUGGGUCUGUGUCCCCAUGGGUCCCACAAUGCCAAAUGUGGUACCUCAGUGGCAGAGUUCCCUGCCAUUCUUUGUUCCACACACUUUGGGUUAUUGGUGGCAAGCAGUUGCAGCCUCAGCUGCUGGGUUCACCAUUUCCUACCGUGCUGUGUCUUUCUGUCCCCGGCCUGCUAUUGUUGCAUGCCUGGCAGAUAUUCCACUACCACCACCAAAUGGUGUAGCCCCUAGGCCUAAGUCCAGGGCUAACAGUCCUACUGUUUCUAGGAGGAUCUUUGUGCUUUAUUAUAAAUAUUCCGUUGACUUUGGUGUUCUUCAUCUUUUUCUCUUCUUGGUCAGGCUGAAGAACUACAACCUGGAUAUUCGAAACACAAUUAUGUCUAUUUGGCAAAGGUAAGUGAAACUAGUCUGCUCUCUUCUUUUAAUAUAAUGCAGAGAUUUCUAUUAACUUAGGUACCUGGUGUGAUGUUUUCCCUCCUCUCUCCCGUCCAGUGCUACAAAGAUCUUGGCCAGAGGACCAAUGCGCUGAAGUUCUGUGACACUGCAUCAUCAAUCCUGUCAGUCACCAAAGAGGUGCGUCUGAAGCCACAUUUAAAUGUUAUUUAUUUAUUGGACUUGUAUAUCACCCUUCAUCAUAAGAUCUCAGAGCAGUUCACAAGAUAAAAAUGCAAGAUAAAAAAAUAAAUAGCUAAAAGAAAAAACAACAAUAACCUCCCCCUUCCCACAGACACAUUUAAAAGGCUGUAGAAUAUUAUUCAGCCAAAGGCCUCAUUGAAGAGCAAUGUUUUCGCCUGGUACCUAAAGAUAUAUAAUGAAGACGCCAGAUGAACUUCCCUGGGGAGAGCAUUCCACAAAAGGGGGAUGCCUUCUUUGGAAGCAGUUUCUGCUGCCUCAUCAGUCACCUAGGGAUGUUAUGAUACAGUCAUGUAUCAUAGCCUGAAUCAUUAAGGUCUUUUCCAUGCUAUUGUUGGUCGUGAUGAUGAAGUACAGGGUCUGUAUGGUGGUACUUGUCUUCUGCAGCUUUCAUGUACUUUAAAGGGUGCCUGCAGAGGAGAGCUUCCUGGUACGUUGUACUUUUAUUUCUGUAGAGCAGGAAUGGGAAAGAUUGUGGCCAUCUAAAUAUUUAACUCCCAAACCCUGUCAGCCCCAGCCAGUGGUCAAGUGCUGCUACAGUUGUAGCUCCACUAUAUCUGGAGGGCCACAAGUCCCCAACCUCCUCUUCCUCUAGUGCUCUAGAGGAACAGUUGGGAAAAAAAAGAGAAGUCCUGGGCCCAAAUCGUUAUGAAAUAUGGCAGUUGCAUGCAAAGUAGAAGGUGGCUUGUGACAUCCCCAGUGUGACUGAUUGCAGUAACACAUGGAAACUGCGUAAAUCGAGUAAAAACUAAUAUGAUGAAAUUCUGUUUAAACAGAGGACUAUUAUAAUAGUGAUGCUUAUUUUAAUGAGGAACUGGGUGGCAUGCAGUGCAGUUAGUCACACUGAUCAGAUGAGCUGUGACUCUCUGAUUUUGAAGUUCUGCAUUAGAAUUGACAUAGGUAAUUCAGUAAGCAGUCUGGAGCGUUCCUUAAGGCUAUGAAGCCCAACAUCGGAGGCCCACCAUGCAAAAUGUGCUACAGAUGCACUUAAAUAUAAGAUGGGUGGUAUUUUUUUGCAGGGAGGAGGAAGACUUGAUUCAGAUAAAUUAUAUCUCAUUUACUUACGCAAGAAGUUUGAAAUGUGGAAUUCUGUAGUGCAAGCUUUGGGACCAGUGCUGCGAGCAGGUUCAGGUGGGGAAGUUGUCUGGCAUCUCUUCCUGUUACUUGACAGUAUUUUGGCAAAGAUUUGCAAUGAGUACAAUAAAUAUCUUUCAAGGCACUGAUACAUAAUUUCUUAGUUUGGUUAUGUUGUCUUAAUGUUGUUGAAAGUACUAUCAAGCAAAAGCUUGCUGUGGACACAUUAAUUAUGGAGUUGGAUAGAUUUCUGAAGUCUUCUCGGAUCUCCAGUCCAGUUCAUGCUCCAAGAUAAACUAAGAGGUCCUUCACAGCUCUGUCUGGCUAGCUUGAGAUUUCAUAUCCUUCCCAAGUGGCUCAUUCUGCUAUAGAAUUCCUAUGAGGUUUCCUAACACUUACCCUAAAUCUGUUAUACUGCACUUUAAUCCUACAGGGCACAUUUCAAAAGUCUCCAAGACUUUAAUGUGUCCACAGAGUUGUUAAUUCCUAGGGGUUGCCUGGUUUUUCUGUGUAUUGCAGGGUGCUCUGCAUUUUAUCUCUCCAGCUUACCACGGCUUGUAAUGUGGCCUUCUCAGUGGUGACCCUCCAGUUGCAGAAUAUUCUUCUUGUAAGGCAGGCCAGUAUUAUUCUCCCCAUAUUGCAGUGGGGAUGGGAGGACCAAGGAUGAGUGAAAGUAGCUUACCUAAGGCCAUCUCAUGAUAUCAUAGUGGAGGUGAGGCUUCAGAUAGCAGUUUCCUGGCUAAUAGUUGACAUUCUUAGCCAUUAUGGGUCACUGGCUCUCAGAUGUAAUGAGAUUACUCUAACAAACCAUGACUUGUGUGAACAUAAGCAAUGAGCUUGAACACUCCCUCUUCUUCUCUGCUCAGCUGCAGAGGAGAUUUAUUUGUUUCUUAUACCUCAGUGUUCAAUGACAUCUGAUCCAGUUGUUUUGAACAUCCUGUCAACGUCUGAACCAGGCCUGUUUCUUCUGUUCCCCUUCUUGUUUUACAUUGAGUUAAAAGUAGUCAAUACUGCUUUCCAUUGUUUCUUCUUCUUAUGACGAAACUACCAAGUUGCUGGAGAUUUGCAUCAAACAGCAUGUUGCCUCUUCUGUGUAUCUUUUUUGCUAUUAGCUAGAAAUGAACUCACUGUGGGGGUUCAGUUCCUAUCAUCUGCUGUUGGCCAGGAAGCUUUUGUCAAUGGAUCCUGAAAUAUCAGUGCCCGCUGAGUGUUAACAACAUUGCAGAGCUAAACCCUUCCCCAGUUAUCUUUGUGUAUGCCUUGUCCCAUCAGUAUGGUGGUUGGGACUUGUGAUUCCCAGAGUACAGUGACUGGGAAUCAAGCCCAAUACACCUUGCAUAAAACUGAAGACUAAUUCAUGCAUAUACCUGGCUGUGUAGGAUACUGCUUAAAAUAGAACCAGUUUAUUGCAGCUCCAAAAGACCAAGGCAACUGCUCCAUGCAAGUGUCUGUGCAGUACUGGUGUCCUCAGCCACAGCAUUACUAAAUUUGCAGUGGUCAGAAGUGCCUCAUGCUGCUGUGGAGCCACAUCACACAGACAACUUGCUGCUUGGAGAUGUAGCGCCCACAGGGUUCCAUUUGAAAUGGUCAUAUGCAGACGAACUGAGCUUUGCAACUGUAGAACAGUGACUUUGUGGGAGACACCAAAUAAAUCAAAAUGCAAUGCGAUCCAAAACAACCAUAACUAUUGUAAUAGACUAUAUUUGACUUCUAAAUAUAUGUGUUUGAAGGGCCUAGAAAUGAUGAUAAUGUAAGCCACAAACGUCAAGCCACAGGAAUGCCUGGGUUCACUUAAAGUCUUCCAAAAGGUGAUGACUGGAGGAUGAAAACCUUUAUUAGUAUCCGUUAGAAUGUAAUGUAAUGAAUACUUCAAUGCAGGAGGAAGUUGGAAAGGAAAAUCAUUGUAUCAGGUUAGCCCCCCACCCUUUGUUCAGCUUUCUACUGAGCUAUUGCAUAAUGAUUAAAAGGAAGAAUGAACUAGUUAUAUUUUCCUAGUCCAUGAACACUGAAAAUAAUCCCUUGUUUUGAUGCAGAAAUUGGCAGUGGGUAUAGAAGCUCUGGGUGGUUCCUCAUAUGCAAUGUCUUUUUUUUCCUUUUAGGAUAAAGAGGCUGAUGAAGAUUUAGAAACAUUGCUUCCGUCACUGAAACUGUGAACCAAACAACAACAAGCACUUUUCGUUAUGUUUUUGAAUGAUACUGUGAAAGGCAUCUGGGAACCCAGAUCCAAGUUCUGAAAGCACGCAUAUGUGGGUUUUGUGGAGUUCAGUGGGGUUUAUAGCCAUGGAAGGCUUAGAAUUUGGGGAAACAGGGCUGAGAUAAUACCAAAGGGUUGUAUCUAAGGCUGGCUUUGAUCUAGUGGAAAGCACUUCCACUUGCACAAGAUGAUGCACCCAGUUUCACCAGUUACCUACUGUUGUGUCCUCUGCCUAUCCCAUAACGUUUCAGAGGGUUUCCCAACCCACGGGAGCAGCUUUUGAGGAGGCAGGUGGGGGAGUGGGUAUGGAACACUGCAAUGGAUAGGGGUGGGACAGGCAAAAAACAGGUGCCUCUCAUGUACAAGCAGAAGUGUUUUCCAUUAUUACUACAAAGCCACUGCUGGGUAUAAUCCCAAUACAAUCCCAAUAAUAAAGUCAAGGGACGGAUGGAUCUGUCAAUUUCAGUUUUCUAAGUUUCUCAUUUUUCCGGUCUUCAGUUCAGUUCUCCACAUUGUGGCAGCACCCUGCAGGAUCCUGCUCCACUUUUAAAUACUAAGGGAAGGAGAGUGCCAGCAUUUUAGUGUGAAUUUCUUCUCAUAAACACAAUUUUGUAUGCAUAAUUUUGACUAACAUCCAUACCUUUGGAAGCAAUUUUCCCCAAUACAUUUAUGUAUGUUAUGUUAACUAAUACUCAUUUCUAUGCACACUUUCUCAUAACAUAUGCAUUUUUGUAAAUAUUGUGCAGUUGGAAAACUGCACUGCAAAAUUCAUAGAAUUGCUAAUUUUGAAGGAUAGCUGUGUUUCAAUUCUCCUAUUGUUCCAGAAUGUGCAAUUUUGGUAUGUUCCCCUUUAAAUGUGAACUGAAUCUAAUUUCUUCCCCAACCCUAAUGAAGUCUGAAACCCCAGGGAAAAAAGUCAUUGGACUGGAUUACUUCAAGCCCAUUAAGAAUGUAGCAGUUACUCAUGUGCAGCAGGUAUCAUAUGCCUGCAUUAACACAAUUCUUUACACUAGACACCCAUUCAGCCACAUAUUGUUGGUUAUGCUGUAAAAGAAUCCACCAGUGGAGUCCAAUCAUGUGACUGUUUACUGAGAAGUCUGACCCAGCAGGCUCUUCUUAUGUUCUUAUGCUAAGCAGGAUUUUCUUGAAUGCCACCCCAGACUCCUGUUCGAAUGGGUUUGUUGAGGCAUGCCAACACUCCCAAUUCUCCAUAUGGUGGCUGGUUCACAUGAAGCCUUAUUUGUGAAUGCACAACACCAACUUAAAGCAUCGCCAUAUGUCUCAGACAUUGCCCUGUUUUGACUGGGCUGAAAAAAGUGCAGCUAACUCUGGAAUUGGUUUUAGUUUUAAAUGCUGCUUUUUCUCCUUGGCAACAUAUACUCAUGGGCUCUCUGUAGCAGAACACAUCCAUGAUCACCUCAUCCCUUUUACAGUGGUACCUCGGGUUAAGAACUUAAUUUGUUCUGCAGGUCAGCUCUUAACCUGAAACUGUUCUUAACCUGAGGGUACCACUUUAGCUAAUGGGGCCUCCCACUGCCGCUGCGCCACCACCCUGCAAUUUCUGUUCUCAUCCUGAAGCAAAGUUCUUAACCUGGGGUACUAUUUCUGGGUUAGCGGAGUCUGUAACCUGAAGCGUAUGUAACCCGAGGUACCACUGUACAGACUUAAUCUGCAAUGAAUAAGUUGUCCAUCGGGGCCCUUAGGUGAAUGUCGCCAAGGAAAUUGGAGCAUGGAAAUCAUGCAUUUGUCUCUUUAAACACAUUUCUACUAGUAUUAAUUUUUAAGACUUUGCUGGGAAUCUCCAAACAUAAAAUCCACUGCUGGCAAUGGAUAUCUUGAUGGUCAUUAAUCGCCUUGAGAGUGACUAGGAAGCUAGUCUUCAUUGCCGACAGAGGCAUGGAAGGUUAAAUUGAUGUGCACUUGUUCUUUUCCUUUUUCUCUUGGAAAGUAUGUAAGUUGUGGGAGAAUUGCUCUUUGAGGCUGUUAUUUUAAUCUCUGGAUUUUAAAUAGAAAUAUAAUAUUUUAUAAAUCAUGUAUUUACAUAUUAUGCUGUUCUUGAAACAUCUGAAAUUGAAAUAUUAAAUGAGAUUUGGAAUUGCC